AAUCCCAACCCAAAAGCCCUCUAAACCUCUCUCUCUCUCUCCUCCCUUGCCUCUCUCUCCCUCUCCCUCUCUCUCUCUCUCUCCUCUCCUCCCUAAUUGUUUUAGGUAUAGAGAGAUAAGAGCAAGGUGACCCCCUCUAAUCUCUAAACGCCGUUUAGGGGGGACCUUUUGCCUCCGAAAAAACGCCGUUUACCUUCAACGUAAAUCACCAUUGUGGCACGUGCGUUUCAAAUAUUUUUCUCUUAUUUUUCUUCCGUUUUUGUUAUUUAUGGUCAUGGCCUCGGUGCAGCAGGUAACCCUGAUCCCCGUUGACGGCGACAGUAACGGCGUUGACGCCCGCAACCCCACGUCAGCCGACACCGGUGGUGAUGACUCCAGCAAGGCGCCGAGGCUGCCACGCUGGACGCGGCAGGAGAUUCUCGUGCUGAUAAACGGUAAGCGGUACGCGGAGGGCCGGGGCGGGGUGCGGGCACCGAGGUCGGACUUCGGGUCGGGUCAGUUGGAGCCUAAAUGGGCGGCGGUGUCGAACUAUUGCAAGAAGCACGGGGUGAACCGGGAGCCGGUCCAGUGCCGGAAGCGGUGGAGCAAUUUGGCGGGGGACUUCAAAAAGAUAAGGGAGUGGGAGGCGCAGAGGAAGGACGAAACGGAGUCGUAUUGGGUGAUGAGGAACGACCUGAGGAGAGAGAGGAAGCUGCCGGGGUUUUUCGAUAAGGAAGUUUACGAUAUAAUGGAGGCGGUUCCAGGUACUCCGGUUACGCUGGCUUUGCCGGGUCCGAACCGGGUGGAGUCCGAGGAGGUGAAGGAGGAGGGGACGGCGGAGGAGGCUGAGAAAUUGUUCGAUAGUAUACAGAGGCCGACUGAGGAGGGGUUGUUUUCUGAUGACGAGUCUGGUCGGAGCCCCGAAAAGGAAGUCCGGUUCAAGGAGGGUCCGGGAAUUUCAGCUCCCUUGCCAAUAUCAGAGAAGGCGUACAAACCAACACCACAAGGACAUCAAGAACCUCAAGCACAUCAAGGACAAGGUGCAGUUGGCCCAAAACAGCCGGCUUCGAUCCCAGAGGUUGGAUCUACCUCUCAAGACCGAAAGCGGAAGCGUUUUGCAAUGGAAGGAGACGAGGAAGGAUCCACUCUGGAGAACCAGUUGAUUGAUGUCAUGGAAAGGAACGGCAAAAUGCUGGCUGACUACCUCCAUGCUCAGAACUCCCAUUCUCAACUCGACCGGGAGCAGAGGAAAGAGCAUUCCGACAACUUGGUUGCCGUUCUUAACAAGCUUGCAGAUGCAUUCAUGCGAAUCGCUGAGAAAUUGUAGCACAGAAGUCAGUGUAUAUAGAGAGAGUCCUCUUCAAGAACCCCAUAGAUGUUAGCGGAGGCUGAGAAAUUGGUGGAUUAAAAUUUGAUCAUUUUAUAUCUUGGGAUGGCAGCGUCCAGUAGAGUAUUUACACCUGUCAUUCCUCAUUUUAUUUUUCAAUUUUUUUAAUUCUCCUAUUUUUCUUUUCGGUUUGUCACCUUUGUGGCAUAUAUUCCCCAUUUAUAUUUUAUAGGCUCCAUACACACAAGGGUUUACAAAAUUUCACAGGAGUUAGCACAA